AUGGCCUGGGCUAGCAACCUAGCAGUAAAGGAGACUGGUGUCGAUGGCCCUGGUUUUUGGGUGGACAGACUCUCGCUGCAGGCGUCCGCUGAACUAGAUGAAGUGAGGCAACUGGUGAAUCAAACACAGCUUACGGAUGCAGAGGACGCCAGACCAGACGUGGAGCAUUUUGUCUGCCAAAUGGAAAGUUUGACUCCGGCGGACUGUACAGAUCGAUUACUCAGGUCGCGUGAUGGAACCCCUGUUCCUGCUGCUGCCUUUGUUUGGGACAGCUGUGCACCAAAGAGAGUUCAGCAUUUUACAUGGCUCCUCGUUCAAGGAAGGAUUCAAAGCCGGAGCAACUUGCUACGCAAGAAGAUCGUGGACAAUGCUAUUUGUGAAGGAUUUCUGGUCUGCAAUCGGCUUUUCUACUCCCAUCCUCUCCCCUGGUAG